AUGGUGUUAAUGGUGUUCAAUAAUAACAACAAACAAAUAGUCUCCACUUAUCUUUAUUUGUCAAAACGACUUACGAAUAACACUUCUUUUUACUUAUACAACUCGUCACCUUUCUUUCAACAGCAACGACUACUUGUGCACAGUAAAGUCAUUUUUAAGCAAGUUGAACCAAAGUUAUCUACCCUGGUAGAAAUUGAGAAACUUGGGUUGGCUCGACGGCAUUAUAUUAAAGGAAAAUAUGGGCGAAAAGUUUUUCUUGUCAAAAAGAAAAAAUUUGAAGAACUCAGUAAAGAAACGAAUACCGAAGAGGACAUAGAAGGAUUAGAACUUCCGAGGUUAUCAUUCUUUGCUGGAGCACAAGUUCCUUCUUCUUUUCCUAAAGAAGAUGUACCAGAAUUAGCAUUUGUUGGACGUUCAAAUGUCGGCAAAUCUUCUUUAAUAAAUGCGCUUGGAGACACCACGACCGCACGUACUUCAGAUAAACCUGGUCUCACACAACAAAUCAAUUUUUAUGCCGCAGGGAAUAUUUUUAAUCUUGUGGAUAUGCCAGGUUAUGGAUUCGCGUAUGCGGAUGAGAAAAUUCGAUUAAAUUGGAAAGAGCUGAUCGAGACAUAUAUAUCCUCCAGGAAAUCUCUCAAAAGACUUUACGUACUUUUAGAUGCACGACAUGGUAGACAUCUACGUUUCUUGCAUAAAGAUGGCGGACAAAGAAUUCUUGAUGAUGGUAGAAAAGUUGGAUCAAGAACCAAAUUCCAACUGGUGCUAACGAAAUGUGAUCUGGUACUCUCAAAAGAUAUCGCACGACGAUAUCAACUAAUCAAGGAAGAGCUCAAAAACUAUCGCUAUGCAAUAGAGACACCAAUAAUGGUCUCUUCACGUUCACGUGCAGGAAUCGAUAAAUUACGGCGUGAUUUGCUGUUUUUGGUGAACGGGUUAGAAAGAGCACGAGAAGUUUUGCGAUGGAAGAGAACAAAUAUUCAAAAGGAAUUGGAUCGUACGAAAAAAGCUAAAUUGAAAUUGGAGUUACAGAAAAGUGCGAUCAAAGUUACUACGGAUCAAAUUAAAAAGGCUUUAGAAAAUUCAAAAGAAAGAUCAAAAAAGAUUAAAGACGCAAAAGCCAAAAAAUCAAAAACUGUAAAAGAUAAGAAAGUAACCAAGAGAUCAGAGUAUGAUAGUAAUCAAAAAAAUCAUAAGCGUAAAGCUAAAAAAAUGAAGAAAUUCACAUCUUUUAUAUAUUUAACUAUAUUUAUUAUAAUAACACUGUUUGCUUUCCCAAACUCGAUAUGGGCUGAAGAAACUGAAACCGAAGAGAAAGCAAAUGUUGGUACAGUCAUUGGCAUUGAUUUAGGUACAACAUAUUCAUGUGUUGGAGUUCAUGUUAAUGGGCGAGUUGAAAUUCUAGCCAAUGACCAAGGUAAUCGUAUCACACCAUCCUACGUCGCGUUCACUGACGAAGAGCGAUUAGUGGGAGAUGCGGCCAAAAAUCAAGCACCCUCAAAUCCAGAGAAUACAAUAUUUGACGCAAAGCGAUUAAUUGGUCGACGAUUCGGUGAUAGGGACGUGCAAAAUGACAUAAAACAUUUCCCAUUCAAAGUUAUCAAUAAAGACGAUAAGCCAGUGAUCCAAGUAAAAGUGAAAGGCGAAGAGAAGACAUUCACACCCGAGGAAAUAUCAGCAAUGGUACUUGGUAAAAUGAAAGAAAUCGCAGAAUCAUAUCUCGGGAAAAAAGUCACGAAUGCUGUUGUAACGGUGCCUGCUUACUUUAACGAUGCUCAACGUCAAGCUACCAAAGAUGCCGGUGUGAUUGCAGGAUUAAAUGUAAUGCGUAUUGUUAAUGAACCAACCGCAGCAGCUAUUGCUUAUGGUCUUGAUAAAACAGGAACUGAAAGGCAAAUUCUUGUUUAUGAUCUUGGUGGUGGUACUUUCGAUGUGUCUUUACUAUCUAUUGAAGAUGGAGUAUUUGAAGUAUUGGCAACGGCAGGUGAUACUCAUUUGGGUGGAGAAGAUUUCGAUAAUCGUGUAAUUGAUUACUUUGUUAAGCUCCACAAGAAGAAAACUAAAGUUGACGUAAGCAAAGAAUUAAAAGCUGUCGGGAAAUUGAAGCGGGAAGUUGAAAAGGCUAAGCGAACAUUAUCACAACAAAUGUCAACUCGUAUUGAAAUCGAGUCAUUCCACAACGGAAAAGAUUUCUCGGAAACUUUGACUCGUGCCAAAUUCGAGGAACUUAAUAAUGAUUUAUUCCGUAAAACACUGAAACCAGUAGAACAAGUAUUAAAAGAUGCUGGUGUCCAAAAAGAGGAUGUUCAAGAUAUCGUAUUGGUUGGUGGAUCAACUCGUAUUCCCAAAGUACAACAACUUCUCGAGGAAUUUUUUAACGGAAAGAAAGCGUCAAAGAACAUUAAUCCUGAUGAAGCUGUUGCUUAUGGUGCCGCAGUUCAAGGUGGAAUUCUUAGUGGUGAUGAUAAUGUUUCGGAAGUUUUGUUGGUUGAUGUCUGUCCAUUGACUUUGGGUAUCGAAACAACUGGCGGUGUAAUGACCAAAUUGAUUCCACGUAAUACUGUAAUUCCUACCAAAAAAUCACAAAUUUUCUCAACUGCUGUCGAUAAUCAACAGAUCGUACUUAUUCAAGUUUACGAGGGUGAAAGAUCAUUAACAAAAGAUAAUAAUUUACUCGGCAAAUUUGAAUUGACUGGAAUUCCUCCAGCUCCACGUGGUGUGCCUCAAAUCGAAGUCACUUUUGAAAUGGAUGCCAAUGGUAUUAUGAAAGUUUCCGCGGCCGAUAAAGCAACUGGAAAAUCAGAAUCAAUAACAAUCACAAACGACAAAGGUCGUCUAUCGAAAGAAGAAAUUGAUCGUAUGGUCGAAGAAGCAGAACAAUUUGCCGAGGAAGAUCGAAUUCAACGUGAACGUAUCGAAACACGUAAUCAACUCGAAUCAUUUGUAUAUUCAUUAAAAGCUCAAGUAGCAGAUGACGGAGAUCUCGGCAAGAAAUUAAAUGACGAAGACAAGACAACAAUUAAAGAUGCAGUUAAAAAGACAAUCGAUUGGUUCGAUGAACACGGACAUUCCGCUACAAAAGAAGAGUUAGAUGAGAAACGAGAGGAAUUACAAUCUGUCGUUAAUCCAAUUACAAGCAAAUUAUACGCGGAUGGAGAAUCAUCACAGCAAUCUGAAGAACCAUUAGAUCCUCAUGAUGAAUUAUAG